AUGGAUGGCAAUGGAGAUCCGGAGAGGCAACAGGCACUCCAACAAUACAAGGAGAAGCUACUCGAUUCAAGAGAAUGGGAAGCCAAGUUGAAGGCGCUGCGGAUGGAUAUCAAGGGGCUACAGAAUGACUUUGAGACAACAGAAGAGAACAUCAAAGCCCUACAGAGUGUUGGCCAGAUCAUUGGCGAAGUACUCAAACAAUUAGAUGAGGAGAGAUUCAUCGUCAAAGCAUCAUCAGGACCCAGAUACGUCGUCGGAUGCAGAUCAAAAGUCGAUAAAGCAAAGCUCAAACAGGGCACGCGAGUCGCGCUUGACAUGACCACCCUCACCAUUAUGCGCAUGCUACCCCGAGAAGUCGAUCCCCUUGUCUACAAUAUGUCAUUGGAAGAUCCUGGCCAGGUAUCGUUCGCUGGUAUUGGUGGUCUGAACGAGCAGAUUCGCGAACUACGAGAAGUCAUUGAGCUCCCUUUAAAGAACCCCGAACUCUUCAUGCGAGUUGGUAUCAAGCCACCCAAGGGCGUGCUACUGUACGGCCCACCCGGUACUGGAAAGACGCUGCUUGCCAGAGCUGUGGCCAGCAGUCUCGAUACCAACUUUCUGAAAGUGGUUUCCUCUGCAAUCGUAGACAAAUAUAUCGGCGAGUCUGCCCGUUUGAUCCGCGAGAUGUUCGGUUAUGCAAAAGAGCACGAGCCAUGUAUCAUCUUCAUGGAUGAAAUCGAUGCCAUCGGUGGCCGCCGUUUCAGCGAAGGUACCUCAGCCGACCGCGAGAUUCAGCGUACCUUGAUGGAACUCCUUAACCAACUUGACGGCUUCGACUACCUAGGGAAAACCAAGAUUAUCAUGGCAACCAACAGACCCGACACUCUUGAUCCUGCGCUACUGCGUGCAGGACGUCUAGAUCGCAAGAUCGAGAUCCCGCUGCCCAACGAGGUGGGCCGAUUGGAGAUUCUCAAGAUUCAUGCAGCUGGUGUUGUGACCGAAGGCGAGAUCGAUUUCGAAAGCGUGGUGAAGAUGAGCGAUGGUCUGAACGGUGCUGACUUGAGGAACGUGGUCACGGAAGCUGGUCUCUUCGCCAUCAAGGACUUCCGAGAUGCUAUCAAUCAGGAUGACUUCAACAAAGCGGUCCGCAAGGUGGCGGAAUCCAAGAAGUUGGAGGGCAAGCUCGAAUAUCAGAAGCUGUAG